UACUUAAAAAGUUAGAAUAAAAGGAAAAAGAAUAAUCGGUUUCUUAAAAAUUCGUAUUGCAACAUCUUUUAUUUAUACUUUGUAAUUAAUAUAGUCUGCUUUGUCAUCGGCUAUAUGCUUUUUGUGGCAUUUCAAUUAAUAUUGCCCCGGAUAACCGAGUGUGUUCUGUACAGAGACAACCAUAAAUAAACAGAUAGACACCUUUAUUUCACAGUAUGUGUGUGACAUGAACGCCAUAUAUGCAUAUUAAAACCGCAAAGCCUUAAAUCCAGUCAGGUGUGGAAUUGACGAGUUCUGCUAUAUCGGCAAGAAAACGGUCUGAAAGUUCUCUGUGGGAAAUGGGUUUUAGUGAAUGUCGUUGCACCGCCUGAUCUGGCAGAUUCUAGAUGAGUUUGACGGAUUCGUGUCGGGCGAUUGACUGGUUGCGGAUGUUUUUGGCCAUACGACAAAUUUUGUCUGUCAACCCACCAGAGAGGGUAUUGGAAGAACACCCCUUUCUGAUAUGGGAAUGUAUUUUUCAGAGUUAAAUGCCUCAAAUGUUGGCAAUAUUACUUACAGGUUGUCUCCGUAUACAUCAAUUUUUCUAAAUAUUUGGAAAUCGACGAUAGCGGUAAUUUAUUAAUUCGUAUUUCAGUUACCUCGUCAUUGGUAUGAAUUAUUGACUAUUCCAUUUACUGUUUACCAAAUAUUGUGCACAAAUUCUAAUUUUUAAAGUAUCGCUAUAACAUGAAUAAGGUAAUCGUUACGGGAGACGUGGAAUAAAACGUCCUCGUCGGAUUCGUUUUGGUGUCGGCCCUGCAAUAAAUCGACGCACGUCACGUUCUCUGCCGACGGAGAAGAUUCGGAUAGUCGGAAAUCUAUUAGCCCAUCAUUAAUGGUUCUCAUUGUUUUAAGAGAAAAAUUUGAAACUAAAAAUAACUUUUUCGUUUAGGCCCCUGCCUCCAUCACACCCGGUCACAUGUAUCAAUACGCUUCCACUAGCCAACCUCAGUUAGCUGAAUCUCAGCCCACUCAGGUCCAUCCUUCAAGCGAAUCAAAGGAUGACAGUAGAUUAAUCAGAAGAGAGACCAGUCCUCCGACACCACGUUCUCUGCGGUUAGAACGAGUUGCUCAGGCGUUGGCAUUAAACAGUGAAGAAAUAAGAAGAAGUGUGCCUAAUUCCAUCUCUAACCCUCACACAACUCUAGCCAAUAUAUCUUCCAUUUCUCAAGACAUGCUAAGGCAAACCAUGGAUGGAGGUUUACUUAGCACUCCUUCCCCUCUCAGUUCAGCUAAUUCUUCGCAAGAUUCUCUGCACAAGACACCUCCCAAGAAGAAGGGUUUUAAGUCUUCACUGGGAAGAUUUUUCAGUAAAAAAGAAAAAGCCAAAGCAAAAGAAGCAUUGAAUAAAGAGUUAAUGAAUCAAGGUGCUGUUUACUCGGACAGCGAAGUAAUAGGAACGGAUUCGUCGGCAAUAUCUAGUGGGCUAGGGCAGAAAGCAGACUAUGACAGAAGAACGAAGAGGAAGCAUGAAUUAUUAGCUGAAGCAAUGAAAGCGGGUACACCUUUCGCAUUGUGGAAUGGGCCCACGAUCGUCGCUUGGUUGGAGUUAUGGGUCGGCAUGCCCGCCUGGUACGUGGCUGCCUGUCGAGCGAACGUCAAAAGCGGAGCCAUCAUGUCCGCGCUGUCCGACACGGAAAUCCAGAGAGAGAUAGGAAUUAGUAAUCCGCUGCACAGACUCAAACUCCGUUUGGCCAUUCAGGAAAUGGUUGCCCUCACGAGUCCUUCGGCUCCAAAACCUACACGAACAAGUUUAGCAUUUGGAGAGAUGAAUCAUGAGUGGAUAGGAAAUGAAUGGCUGCCUAGUCUAGGACUUCCACAGUAUCGUUCCACCUUCAUGGAAUGUCUGGUGGAUGCCAGAAUGCUAGAUCAUCUUACCAAAAAAGAUUUGCGGGUUCAUUUGAAAAUGAUUGACAGCUUCCAUAGAACAAGUCUACAGUAUGGCAUCAACUGUUUGAAAAGGCUAAAUUAUGACAGACAAGCAUUAGAAGAUAGGAGAAGGAAUAGCGAUAAUGAAAUUAAAGACGUCUUAGUUUGGUCGAACGACCGAAUUAUUAAAUGGAUCGAUUCGAUAGGACUGAAAGAAUAUUCGAACAGUCUGUUGGAAUCCGGCAUUCACGGUGCUCUGUUGGCGUUGGACGAAAGUUUCGACCACAAUUCGAUGGCUCUCGCACUUCAGAUUCCCACUCCGAACACUCAGGCAAGACAGAUACUGGAACGGGAAUUUAACGGUUUACUUCUCAAAGGUACAGACAGGAGGCCCGACGAGGCCGGCAAGCAUUCUACGCACACCGCUUCGACCCACCACAGCGUCCAAGGCGACAGACUGGUCUGAAGAACGGGCGGAGGAAGAGCGCAGCCACCCAUCCCCGGAGCGGAGCGGAUCGGAGUCGAGCAGUUCCUUAGAAUCAAAAACGAUAAAAAAAACGAGUAAUAACAAAAAAAUAGAUAACCGAAUUGGCUGCCGUCUGCGACGAGAAGGGAGGUGCGGAGGAGGGAGAGAGAGAGAGAGAGCGUCGCCCGUCUGCCCCUUCCGGAAAUUCCGCGUCGCUCUCCUUCCGGUUCCGCCCGGCCGGAGGUCGAAGGUCGUUUCCGGCGGCGGGCGGAAGUCGGAGCGGUACCCUCCGGCGCGCCGCGUCGACGCCGCCGCUGCGCGCCGCCCCGUGUACAUAUUGUAACCAAAAAAAAGAAAACGAUAACAAUACAAUUUAAUUUACCGGAAACGACCGGAAAAACCGUACGGGAAGAAUUUUCCUCUUUUCUUUUUAAACUUUUUUCUUUCAAGAGACGAGUUUUUGAUGUUCGGUCGCCGAUUCAAGCGCUAAAAAAACUCGGAUGGCAGUUCUAUUUAAAAAAAACAAGUUAGAUUUUAUAAUCGUGCCCGUCUGUUUGUCGUCCGUUCUGCGUGCAUCUAUUGUAAAUUUUUUUUAAUGUAAGAUCCUUUCGGACGUCGGCACCUAUUCCCCUGCCCUCUUUUUGUUUCUAGUGUAAUUUACCCAUUGCCAAGGCACGAGAAAUCGAGUCAUUAAUCGAUACUAGUCGCUUCCGUGUCGAUGUGUGUCGUGAACGUUGUAUCGUCGUUAAUUCAUUAAUUUUCUGUGUACCACCCUUUAUUAUUUUUUUUUGUUUUGUUCUUUUGAUUUAGUUCUCUGCGUACUCCUUUGAGUUGUGUACAGAUUUCUAGGCAGCUCCUUAAUAUAUAUAUAUAUAUAUACAUAUUAUUAUUAUUAAAAUCAUCUUUGCAUAUUUUUAUUUUUUUAGAGUUUUUUGGACAUCCGGGGUUAUUAUUGUUUAGUUUAUUUAUUCAUUUACACGGAUCGAGCGCCGGCGACGACGACGCGUUGGGUUCGAGUGACCGAAAAACGAGGGACGAAAUUUACGUUGGAGCGCCUCUAGCGGCGCCAUUUUUUGAUAAUCAAAAAGAAAAAACGAAACUAUCCCUUACGUCACUUUCUAAGUAUACGAAGAACAAAGCCGUUAGUACGAAUGAGUUUUAUACGCAUUUAUUAUAUACUCGUAGAGUUUUGUAUUUAUUACGAAAAGAGAAAAAAAACGUUUUUACCACUUUCGAGUAAAAAAACAAAGGAAAAAAAACACUUGGUACAAUAACAAUGUCGUGGUUUAUGGUUCGGCAUGCAAAUUUUGUCUACGAGAAACUUCUUUGUCCCGUUUCUAGAUUUCUAUCGGAGGAACGAAGCGAAACGCGCACGUUACGAAUGGAAGAUGGACGCGUUUCCGUUCCCGCUUGCGUCACUUCCGGCCCGCGCCCGACGUCGUCUGUCCGCCUCCUCCUCUCUCCGGUGGCCACACUCGGUUUCGAGGUUAGCGUUUACGUAAGUUUCGCGGGCUUCUAACUCCGUGUUUCCCCCCGUCGUGUUUCCAUUGUACAGUAUUAUCGAAGGUUCGAACCCCCUUCGUUCCCGUAACUACAGUUACAGAAAAUUCGGGUAAAAUCGUCUCGCAGGUAACGAGAUCUUCAUCCGGAUCUUCGUGUGUUUAUUCGGACGUAUUCGUAGAACCAGUCAAAUUACUCGUCUAUGUCACGUGGAUAUUCGGAGUCUAUUUCUUUUCCUAUUGUUUUUUUUAAAAAAAAAAGGAAAUCCGUUACACCGUUUCGGCAGUUUACUUCCAUUAUGUGAACGGAAGAAUUGUUUAUAGCAGUUGUUCUCGUCACUUUGUAACAUUUUUUUAUGCACAAUUUAACCGAGAGAUGACGACGACGUUGAGAAGAAAACAGAAAUUUUGUCGCUGCAAAACUUUGUAGAUGAAAAAUUGUUUUUGUUUAGCCCUUUUAUGCAACUAAACUAUGUACUGUUGUUAAUAUUGUACCGAUACAUCCGCAUUUUAUAUAUAAAAAAAAAAAAUGAAAAAUUCACACGACCGGGCCUGGUGAGCGCGCGUGUGAACGUGCGCGCGCGAGUAGGUGCGAAAACAAAACAAAAAAAAAAGACCGGGACGAGGAAGGAAGCAAUAAUGGAAACGGGUCGAACCUCUUCUCGACCAGAGCUUAGAUAACCGCAGCCGGGCCUUUGUUCUCGGCCGACGUCGGGCUGUAGUAUAUAAAAAAGCACGUGACCGGGCGGCACCCGAGUCGUAUUGUGUGACGUGGGCGAUCUUCCGACUCUCCGACGUCGGUGGAUCGAUCGGUUUCUUUGUUUUUUUUUUCUCCCGUUUGUUUUUAAUGCGCGGGUGGCGCCACCCCCGGUCGAUAAGCAUAUCAGGUUUCCGGAGCCGCGUCGGCCACCCGGGUCGAAUUCGAUGACGUGUUACUUGGAGUCGAGAAUAUAAAAAAAAAGGAUUUAUUAUGUUCCAUCGUCUCUGUACAGAUAGCCUCGCUAUUGCCAUUGGUGUUAUUAUGGCAGUGUACGAUAGAAACAAUGAAUAAUUGCCUCUUGGACUGUG